AUGACCGACAAUCGCCUGAAGAUCAUUGUCGGCCUUGACUAUGGCACGACCUUCUCCGGUAUUAGCUAUGUCACUUCCAACGAGGUCAACAUAGACAAGAUUGAGGUCAUUAAUCAAUGGCCCGGCACUUCCGAAACCGUUUCCAAGGUCCCGACCAGGAUGGCGUACGCUUCGGAAAACAAGAACUUCUACAUCAACAAGUGGGGCUUUGCUGUCACUUCCGGAAUGGAGUCCUACCUCUGGACCAAGCUGCUUCUUGACCGUGGGACCACGGUUGCCGAGCUUGACGACCCUGCGCUGAAGGACUUGUUCGGCAAGGGCAUGCUAAAACUACCUCGCGACAAGACUGCCAAGGACGUUUGUACCGACUACCUCAUGGGCCUUUAUGACUACAUGGUCAGCGUUCUUUGCAAAAAAUACUCCCCGGAAGUGUACGCUGUUACGCCCAUCGAGUGUUGGAUCACCGUGCCUGCCAUUUGGAGCGAUGCAGCAAAGGACGCGACCAGGUCGGCUGCGCUUAAGGCUGGCUUUGGCUCGAGGCAUUUUGACAAGGUAAACAUCAUACCAGAGCCUGAGGCUGCCGCUCUGGCUGCACUCAAGCCUCACCUUGACUCGGAUUCCAUUGAUCCCAUCAGCCCUGGUGAGAAUGUUCUCGUCUGCGACUGUGGAGGAGGCACUGUGGACAUUACGACCUACACCAUUCUCGAGACCAUCCCUCGCCUCCAGUUCCAGGAAGUCUGCGUUGGCGUCGGCGCUAAGUGUGGCUCUACUUACAUCGAUCGCAACUUCAACACGUGGAUGGUCAACAAGUUCGGCGAGGCCUACACCUCCCUCUCCCAGAAGAAGCGUGGUGCUGGUAGCGCCUUCAUGAGGUCUUUCGAGGCUCAGAAGAAGACUUUCGGCAGCAAGCUACUUGGACGAGGCGACCAGAAGUACAUCGAGAUCGACCACAUUGCCAUGGAUGUCCCCUCCUCUUCCCGCUACGAUAGUGACGAAGCGGUAGUCAACCUGACCUGGCACGAUAUGAAGAGCUUCUUUGACCCUGUCAUCAAAGACAUCACUCGGCUCGUGAGCACCCAAGCUGAGCUCGCGAAGAAGAACCUGCACCAAAUUGACCGCGUCAUCCUUGUCGGCGGGUUUGGAGACUCUGACUACCUGAACGAGUGCAUGAGGAUCUGGUGCAUGCAGAACGGCCCCAUCAAGCUCACCUGUCCGCCUCAGUGCCAAGCCACUGCUCGCCGUCACUACGGCUACCACGUGGGCAAGACUUUCAGGCAGGGCAUUGAUCCUGAGAGAAAGGCUUACUUCUGCGAAUUCGACGGUACGAAGCGUUGUCGUGAUAGGGCGGACUGGGCUCUUCAGAAGGGUCAGAUGAUGAACUCCAGCACUACGGCUACCUUCGAGCUGUGCUACACCCAUGUCGAUGACGGCAUUGGUACACCUUGCUGCAAAAUGACUCUGCUCGGCUGCUCCAGCGAUAAGGCGCCUGACUAUUUGGACAACCCCUGUGUCGAGAGUGUCGGCACGAUCAGCGUCCAUUUCAAGAAGGCGGACGUCCAGAAAGCUGAAAAGCGCUACAACAAGCAACUUCAGAAGUAUGUCUUCAGUCUCAGCUUUACGGUCGAGAUGAAGUUGGACACCGAGCAGGGUACUCUGUCGUUCCAAUCCUUCGUGAACAACAAGAAGGCAGGCCGUGCCGUCAUCAACUAUACUCAGAUCGAGCACAGCCCCGUUUCCAUGCGCUGA